AUGAUAGAAAAUAAUGAAAAUGAAGACGCUGAAAAAGAUAUACGUCUUCUUAAAGAAAUGGGUUAUACACAAGAACUUUAUCGUGGUUUUUCUCCAUUUAUGUCAUUUACAUUUUGUUUCACAGCUGUUAAUAUUUUAACAUCAAUUUCAUUAGGUUUUCAUUAUACAUUAAAUACUGGAGGAUCAGGUGUUGCUAUAUGGUCUUGGAUAAUUGGAUCUUUAUUUACCAUACUUGUUGGUUGUUCUUUAGCUGAAAUUUGUUCAGUUUAUCCAAGUGCAGGAUCAGUUUAUCACUGGGCAGGUCAACUUGUUCCAGCUCGUAAUGCUCCAUUAGCAUCAUUUAUUUGUGGAUGGUUCAAUUUUAUUGGAAAUAGUGCUGGAGAUGUUGUAUUUUCAUCAGGUUUCGCUUCUAUUAUAAAUGCUAUAAUUGUUCUUAAUGGUAAACCUCCACUAAGUACUCCUGUUCAAGUAAUCAUAAGUAUUGGAAUUGUAUUUACAUGGUGUAUUAUAAAUGCACUUCGCAUUGAUCAACAAGGAUGGUUAACUACUUUGGCUACUUUUUUUCAAAUAUUUGGUAUAUUGAUUAUUGUUAGUGUAUUGUUUAUUGCGAUUCCUCAGCAUGCAACUGUCCAUGAUGUCUUUUUUUCUACAUAUAAUAGUACAGGUUUUCCAUUUAUUUAUGUAUGUUGUAUUAGUAUACUUUCAACUCUAUUCUCAUUUUCUGGUUAUGAAGCUGGUGCUCAUUUAGCUGAAGAGACGAAAAGUGCUGAUCGAACAGUUCCCAGAGCAAUCAUUAUUACAUGUAUAGGUGGUUCUAUUGUUGGAUUUAUUUAUUUGUUUGCACUUCUUUUUGCUAUACCCAAUGUUGAGAAAUUUCUCAAAGAUAAUAAUAAAAAUGAUGCAUCAAUAAAUUUAAUUAUCGCUACAUAUGAGCGAGCAAUACCAUACCGUGAAGCAACGGCAUUGACAACUAUUCUCGUUUGUAAUAUUUAUUUUGCUGGUAUAUCAUCUGUUACAUCUACUAGUCGAAUUUUUUUUUCAAUGGCUCGUGAUGGUGCUUUUCCAUUUUCACACUAUUUACGUUGGAUAUAUCAAGGAACAAAAAUUCCAAUGGGUGCUAUUAUAUUCAUAUGUUGUUUUGAUUCUAUUCUUCUUUCAUUUCAAUUAAUAUCAGCAACAGCUUUUACUGCUUUCCUAGCUAUAGCAACAUUUAGUAUACAAGUAUCUUAUUUAAUACCAAUUCUAUUUCGUUGUACAAUAUCACGAAAAAUAUUUCCAUUAGGAGAAUAUAAUUUUGGUCGAUUUGGUGUACCUAUUGCAAUUAUUUCUUCUAUAUGGUUAACAAUUACAUCAUUUUUUAUGAUUCUUCCAAAUCAAUAUCCUAUAACAUUGGAUAAUAUGAAUUAUUCUAUUGUUGUUAUUAGUAUAGUUCUAUCCAUUGCUGGAAUAUAUUGGUUUGUUUCAGCUCGUCAUUGGUUUAUUGGUCCUAAACGAACGGAUUUAGAUACAAUUCCAUUACUGCCAGGACAUGUGACAAAUGAAAGUAUUCCAUCUGACAAAAACAAAUCUACUUCAUACGAGUAA